AUGUCGCCUACGGUGCCUUUUGUCAGCCCCCCAAAGCUGCUAGGACCAUUUAGCGCGCUCGAGGAUUGCGAUUUCUCCUUUGUGGGAGAGGGCGCUUCAAACGUCGUCUUUGAAGUCCGCGUACCACCCAGCAAGCGGGGCAGUAUCAGUAGCAAACUUUUCGAAGGUACGGGAAACCUCCUUCGGGUGCCCAAGGCCGGCACAAAAGCUUACAGUUAUGAGGACCUUCAUGCGUAUUGGGAGACAGUCGUGAAGCCGCUGUUCGAGCCCCAGAACUUGGUCCAGCAUCAGCUCAUUCUGCUCGGCGGUGAGGCUGUCAUCAGACGGCUCAACUCCAUCCUUGAAAAAGAGGAUGCCACGCGCAGAGCCGAUUUUCGGGGAAGCAGAGUGGCCAUGGCGAAGUAUGGGAUGUUGAUCGAGGACAUGCGACAGAGACACCCGGACGACCUGACGUUCGAGUUCAAGCCCAAGUGGCUCGCCCAAUCCCCCAGCGCGCCACCAACAGCAACUCGUUGCCGCAACUGCGCUCGCGAGGCGCUCAAACGUCAUGCCAACCCAGACAGACAACCAAAGUCCUCAGCCAUCCUCUGCCCUCUCGACUUCCGUACUUGUGCAACCUCACCCAUCUCCCUAGCCAAUGUCUUAAACCAUCUAACCCCACGAGUACACAAGCCAACGGCCAACGCCCAUCCCCCAAGUGUGUCCCUAAAUGGACACUCCCCGGCGUCUCCCCGCCCCACCCCCUCCCAAUCAGCACGGCUGCGGCACUGGCUCCAAACCAACACGCUUCUUCCACGUCUGCGGCAGGCACAGCUCGCUAACGACGGGCUCGGCCCGCUGGGCGCGGAUGCGAGCGACCCGCACUUUCAGCUGGCCAUGACACUCCGCGACUGCACCUGUUUCGUGCGGGUCCCUGCCAAUCCGGAGCUUCCGAUUGAAGCGAAGCUGGCCGAUCUGGACAAGAAGAAUUGGAUGGCCAAGAUGGAGUAUUGGCGGGCUAUGGAGCAGAAAUUGAUUGAAGGGGGGUAUUAUGAGGGCAAAGAGGUGCCGAGAAUGGAGACAGGGUGUGUGCUUGAACGGGAGAGAGGUUGGAUGAAGGGGAUAGGGGAGCAGGUAAAAGAAGUGAAGGAUGACGAUGGGGUUUGA